ACCGUCUGCUAUCCAGAUUACACUUUUAUCCACAACAGCGAAAUUUCAACGAUCCAAUUCAUAAUGGCUUCCACAUCUGCUUCGUUUCUUCUCUCUUCUCCGUUCGUCGGUUCCGCGAUUUCCGCGGCGGAGGUUGCUCGGCCGAGGUGCGUCAGUUUCCGACGGCCGGUUUCCGUCUCCGCCUCCUGCGCGACGGCCGAGAGGACCGCGCAGACUCCGCAGAGUUCGCUAUACGACGUUCUAGGGAUUCGGACGGGCGCCUCGGGCCAGGAAAUCAAAGCGGCGUACCGGAGAUUGGCUAGGGUUUUGCACCCCGACGUGGCGUCCGGCAGCGUAAUGCGGGAGUCGGCGGCGGCGGCGGCGUCGCCGGCGGAGGAUUUCAUCAGAGUUCACGCGGCGUACUCCACUCUCUCCGAUCCGGAAAAGCGCGCCAAUUACGACCGCUCGCUCCUCCGAUCUCGGCAUCCUGCUGCCUCGGUGAGAGGAUACUCCGGCCGCAGAUCUGCUCUUAGAAAAUGGGAGACAGAUCAAUGCUGGUAGCUCCGGCGCCGCCGCAGAUCGCGGAAAUUCAUGUUCUUCUUCUUUGAUAGGUGCAGAUCUCAACACUUUGUACAGAAUCGACUCGAAUUUGAGAUUCGAGUUUGUAGCUAGGUUUGAUGCUAAAGUUCAUUGUGAUUUACAUUCAGACGCUUAUUUUUGAAGUCUGAAUCCGUAUCAUGAAUGAAACAAAAGAAGUUUCUAAUUUCUGC